ACCUCUUUUUUAGGAUAACUACAACCUAGAGGUUUAUGUUUACAAUGAGGCCAAUGAUGAUUGGUACUGUCAUCACGACUACAUCCUUGAAGCACCGCCUUUGUGUCUCGAACCCAUUCAGCACGAUCCUGGUAACGAUGAAACGGGAAAGGGAAAUCUCUUGGCUGUUGGUACAAUGGAACCUAUUAUCAAUAUAUGGGAUCUGGAUAUCAUUAACGAAGUUACUCCGGUGGUGUCUUUGGGAUCGAAGGGGAAGGGUCGAAGGAAAAAACGUGAUGGUAGAGAACAGGGACAUGCGGAUGCCGUGUUGAGCAUUGCAUGGAAUAAAUUGACCCCACAUGUUCUCGCUAGCGGAGGUGCGGAUAGGCAAAUUGUUUUAUGGGAUCUGGAUGAGGCUAAAGCGGCUCAGGCAAUCCCUGAACGCGAUGGGGAGGUACGCUUUAUCUUAAUGCUAGUGGGAAACCAAAGAAUUUUUGUCGCGGACAUAAAAAAAUUUGAAUAUAGGCCGAUUACGCGACCGUAA